AACAUGCAGCUUUUCGUCAAGUCCCUUGCGGGCAACACCCUCGCCCUCGAGGCCACCCCCGCCACCUCUGUUGAGAACGUCAAGGCUAUGAUUGCCGCCCGUGAAGGUAUCGAUGCUGGUUUCCAGUGCCUUUCCUUCGCCGGUAAGUCUCUCCAGGACUCCCAGGCUCUCGAGCUCUACGGUAUCCAGGAUAACUCUACCAUCCACCUCAACUGCGAAUUGUUGGGUGGUGCCAAGAAGAGAAAGAAGAAGACCUACACUACUCCCAAGAAGAUCAAGCACAAGAGAAAGAAGGUCAAGAUGGCCAUCCUCAAGUUCUACAAGGUUGACCAGUCUGGCAAGAUCACCCGUCUCCGUCGCGAGUGCCCCAGCGCUACCUGCGGUGCUGGUGUCUUCAUGGCCUGGCACACUGACCGUCAGUACUGUGGCAAGUGCCACUUGACCUACGUCUUCCAGAAGGAGGAGGCAUAAGUCAAGUUUACUUGCAACUUAACUGACGUUAUCUGGUGUCGUUUCUCUCUUCAAAAGAAAUGAGGGACUUGGCUGCCAUUUUAAUAUCAAUAAAAAAAUACAAAAAUAAAGAAUAUUACAAAAAUUCUACCUUAUGUUUUGUUUUUGUCAUAAUCAUCGUCUUUGUUUAUUAU